ACCCAAGAUUUAGAGAUAAAGACACCGAGGAUUUUUAUUCAGGAGAAAGAAUUCUUAGAUUUCAAGAACUUGGUCGCAGUGAAAAACAAGAAGCUCGCCGUAAAGUAGUCAUAAUUUACCAGGCUAAAAAUUGGAAAGAAAUCACCACUUAUUUUCCUUAUGGAGAAAGUGGUAGCAGAUUAGAAAAACUUGGUGAGAUAAAGCACAAAAAAAGGCUUAUGAUAUCUGAAUUGACCCUCACAGUAAAAUGUAUGGUAAAUAAAGACUUACACCCUAUUCAUCCCGGAGAAAUAUUGCGGGAGGAAUUAUUAAAAACUUAUCAGAUUACUCCCCAAAAAUUAGCCCAAAGUAUCAAAGUAGAGGAGAAUAUUGUUAAAGAAAUAGUUAAAGAAAAGAGAGAUAUUACCCCUGAACUCUCUUAUCGUCUUGCAAAUUCAGCCGAUAAGUAUGGAAAAGGGGGCAGAAGUUUAAGCACAAACGAAGAUGUGCGGAAAAGGGAAAAAGGAGGAGGUUAUUCCCCCUCCUCUGGACAUUCCAAAUGUUCUACGGCUUUUAGUCAGAAGUUUAAGCCCAUAGUCGCUCACAUAAAGGCGAUAAUUGCCUUGACUAAUAUCCUGCUCCAUCAAGAAAAGCAAAAUUAUAAAGUUUUCAAUCAAACUCAACGCAAGAAAGAUUUAUUUGCUAACUAUGGCGAGGCAAUAAAGGAUAAAGAAAGAGAAAAAGAAAUUGCUUUACUAGACCAAGCCCAAGAAGAGGAUGAUGAAGAAAAUAAAGAUUGA